CCACCUCAAAAGCCGUAUUCCUUUUACCGAGUCACCAUCGCCUCCUCAAAUAAAUAAAGGCCCGUCUGCAAAUCUUCUCUGCUUUUUCACCUCCGACGCCGAAAAUAAAAAGCAUUUCGAAACCCUAGCCACAAGUAGAGUAGUUUCUUCGUUUUGGCCGAGAGGAUCCGAUAUGGCGUCGUUCAAUGAGGCACCGCCCGGCGACGUGAAAUCCGGUGAGAAGAUCUUUAAGACCAAGUGCGCUCAGUGCCACACCGUCGAUAAAGGCGCCGGCCACAAGCAAGGCCCCAACUUGAAUGGCCUUUUUGGAAGGCAAUCUGGCACCACCCCUGGUUAUUCGUACUCUGCUGCCAACAAGAACAUGGCUGUAAUUUGGGGAGAGAAUACACUCUAUGAUUACUUACUCAAUCCUAAGAAGUACAUUCCUGGCACUAAGAUGGUCUUCCCUGGGCUGAAGAAACCUCAAGAACGUGCAGAUCUAAUUGCUUAUCUCAAGGAGGCAACUGCUUGAAGAUUAUUUAAAGAACAUAUUACUUUUCCUGAGAGUUAGAGACAUUUGGUAUCUGUUCAGGCGGUAUUUUUUUUCCCAGUAAACAUAGCUGAACGAUACUUUGUUGAAUAAUAGCGUCAUAUUCUACGCCGUGAUGUUCUCUUUGGCCUUUGCCAGCGGUAGAGAAUUUUGGUGCCGAGUAUAGGCUUUGUUGAGACAUUGUUUUAUUGAAAAAACACGUAACCAAGCGAUCAAUUGUGAAAUCUAAUGGAUUUCGUUUGCCUUUUAGUAGUUCAAGAUUAUUUAAA